AGCCUUGCAGCGAGCAAGAGAUUUUGACUCCUGCCUGUGCUCGACAUGGCAUGGAGGCUCCGUGGUGUCCAAUGUAUCCUACUGGGUCUCCUAGGAAGCUCAGCCAGGGGAAAGACGUGCUUCAAGGAUGCCAUUCAACCUGCGGAUCGUGUUGAUAUCACCAUGGAUGGUGUGAGUAUGCCGAUCGGCGUGUGGGAUCUUUACUGGGAUUCAGGCCUCAUUUUUGCACGAAUUUUUCAGAUUUUGGCAUCAGAGAAACUGGGCUACAACGUGGAGAUCUUGGGCGGAUCCAGCAAUAGCAAUUCCGUUGUUUUUCGCCUCGCAGGUUGCAACGAAUCUGAUGUUCUUUCAGCAUCAUGCUUCUCAGCACCACGACGCUUCCACUUUUCGUUCGAAAGCUGGGGGAACUACCAGCAAUACGUCCCAACCCUGCUAAAAGAACUUGGAGAUCGAGGGCCUGUGAAUUUGGGAGGUGUGGGUUAUCCAGGCACAGAAGGACUGCACGUCUUGGGCGGCGCAAUCAAUCGAGCGCUGUCAGAUCGCGGCCUCUCGUUGCUGUACUACCGCAACUACAAUGCGGAUUGGUUUCGGGUGAAUGACUACACUGCGAGGGUUUCAGAUGUGAAUUUGUCCAGGCUUGGAACUUGCGAUGACGGUGUGAAUACAGGCUACGGCUUUUUUGCGUCUGACUACCUAGCGGCAACAGGAGACACUGAAGGUGUGUACACCACCACCGAGGGCGAGGUGAGAUUUAAGUGUUGGCAGGAAAAGUGGUGGGUCAGUCCGGCUUGCCGCAAUGCCCCGCAGAACUGCUCGACACUCACCACUGGUUGGCCUGGGUGGGGUAUGGGCCAUUUGGUGCAGGCAGUGGCUUUCCAUAACAUGCCCAUCGCCCUCGGAGUUGCCCUCCCAGGAGAAUAUGUAUCGCUUGGCAAAGAAUUGCAGAGUUUUAUCUAUUGGUGGCAGCCAGAUGUAGGCUUUGUCGAGGAAAAUGCAACUACGGUGAUUCUACCUCCUCAUGACCCUGCAGCAUACCUGAAGGGAGUUUUCAGCAGUGCAAUGCAAGAGUACGUACUCACCAAAUGGUCAGCUUCGGGCCUCCCUUUCACAGCAGACCGAGCCUUGGCAUUAGCCCGUUCCAUGUCAAUCAGAGCGCCUGAGAUUAGGGAUAUCCUUAGGGUGCAUGCAUCAUUGAUGCAAAACUCAUCUUCCACCCAUUGGGAUUCUGCGUGCGCCUGGCUGUUGCAAAACUCAACGCCUGAAAUCUGGGAGCCGUGGGUCCCGAGCGACACGGCUUGCACUCGGGGCAGUGGCUUGGUGGAUGCAAACGGCCAGUAUGUCAUGGAACGUGCAAGUGCCGUCGGAUGUACUCUUUGCCCCGUUGGAACACGCUCGCAGGAGUCUGGAGAAACUCGGAUUUGCCAAGCCUGCCCAACUGGAAGGCAUCAGAGCCUGCCAGGAGAGGCAUUUUGUGAACCAUGUGAAGCUGGCAGCAUUGCUCCUCAGGAGGGAAUGAUGGAAUGCCAACCAUGUGGCCUCGGUAAUUGGACUGAUGAACCAGGGAUGAGCGAAUGCCAUCGAUGUGGUGAAGACGUGACCAGCAAUCAGCUACAACUCGAGCUGUUCACCACAAGCAAGAAAGUUUCUACAGGUGAAUCUGGUGAAAUGUGGAUCCAGGUGCAAGGGGCUUCGUCACGGCAGCUGUGUGAAUGCAGGGAAGGAGCCCACAUGGUCUCUGGGCUUUGCGUGCAAUGCCCUGAAGGAUCGGCGUGCGUUGGCUCGGCGCUCACACUUCUGCCAGGCUACUACUCACCCGCAGACAACGUGGGUUUAGUCUUCAAGUGCAAAAAGAAGGAGUACUGCCCUGGUGGCUACCCAGGAACCUGCGCCGUUGGCAGGGAUUUUCAAAGUGUAGCUUGUAGCGCGUGCUUGCCUGGAUUGCACGCGCAGGGGGGUGAGUGUGUUCCAUGCGAAGGUGGUGACUAUGCAUUGGUUAGCAUCUUGCUUGUCCUUCUCUUGGUGGCGACUACAAUAGCAUAUUUUGCAUUUGCUGCCAAGGAUGCAAGAGGGGGGCCCUCUCAAAGUUUCAUUAUUGUUUCAUGCAGCAUGGGACAGUUGGCGGUAUCCCUUCAAGUCAUUUCUCUAAUCCACCAAUUUGGAUUGAAUUGGAGCGAACCAAUUGCCUCCUUGAUGACCGCUACCGAAAUCAUGGUCCUCGAGCUGAACUUCUUAUCUAUAGAUUGCCUCACCCCAGAGAAUGCAGUGACGCUUUUCUCCUUUCACGCCAUGGUUCUGCCUUUGCUUUUGGUGGUUCUUUGUCUUAUCCAUUUCUUCGUGGUCGUCGUGAGACGUGGCAAAACCUGGCAACUUCAUCAACUAACUCAAGUCCUCGGCUCUUCGUGCAUCGUGAUCUUCAUCUCCUUUUGCUCUUCUUUGAUGCCGCCUUUGAUUUGCCAGACUCAUCCCAACCAGCUUUCGACGGUGCGGGCCUAUCCAUCAGUGUUUUGCGGCGACUCACAGCAUCUCACGAUGGUCCUCAUCAGUUCUUUUGGAUUCCUACUACCCUUUGCUUUCCUUGCCUUCAGUUUUUGGCUGGUCUUGCAAGUGCCUAGCAGGCUUAAGAGCUCAGAUUUGAGGUUCAUGCGUGGCUGCUCCUUUCUGUUUGGUCGCUUUCGACCAGGAGCCGAGCCUUUCGCUGUUUGGCUUUUGCUUCGUAACGCCGUACUUGUUUUGCUGCCUUUGGCCCCCCAAAGUGCGGGCACUUUUGUGAUGACUGUCGUCCUUGCUCUCAGUGCGAUCAUAUCUGCUGCGUGGAAACCCUGGCACAUGAUGGCCUGCAAUUGGUUGGAUGUCUUUCUCACAGCCUCCACAGUGUUCAUCUCUAGCUUGGGCUUGCAUGUUGCAGGUGAGGUCAAUGAACAGUUGACGAUUGUUGCAUGCUUGACACUCCUCAUCCUUAUGUUCACUUCAAUCUUGGGCUUGAUAGUUUACGGAGCUUUCAAGUUUUGCACCAGAAAUGAGAAGACCUACAAGUUCUUCAUUUCACACCACAAGAGCAAAGCCGGAAGUGUGGCACGGUGGCUGAAGAUGUUGCUCUUGCAACGUGGUAAACGAUUCACCACCUUCGUGGAUUGCGACAAUCUCAGCGACCUCACAAAGCUCUUUUGGCAUUUGAGUCAUGAGACUGCCACUUGCAUCGUGUUGCUCUCGCCCGACAUCUUAAAGCGCAAGUGGUGUGUGGGGGAAAUUGCCACUGCAAGGCUACAUGGUGUGCACUCUGUCAUGAUUGCCUGGCCAGACUAUGUAAAGCCAGAUGAGGCCUUCAUCAACGACUAUACCACUUUAGUCCCAGACAUUGUCCAUCUUGUGCAUCACAAUAUCAGUUUGGCUGACGUUCAAGAAUCUUUGCGCUGGAUCAACAGCUUGCAGACGUUCUCACUUCCCACAGCGUUGAAUUUAGAGUCAAUGGUGGACGUGGUAAACAAGCUGACUGGAACCUCGCCCCACAUCAAACGCUUAUCCGACGACACAGAAAAGGUGCAAAGCUGCUGCAUCAUGGCAGACCCUGGCAACUUCGAAGCUGUUGCCGCAGCGUUCGUAAUCAGUGACUUGAUAAACCUCCACUUCAUGAGGUCUUUGACAAGCCAGACAGUGGUCAUGAUGCAGGGUGACAACGUUCCUGACAAUACGCUCUACGCAGUGGUGGUGUGCAGCGGAGGCUGCUUCGACUCGGUGUACUGGGCAACUUGGAUGGUCCAACUCGGCCAAAAGCCGUGCAUGGCUCUGCCAGUGUUUGCUGACGAGGACUUUCAGGUCCCAGGCCAUGACCUUUACAUGCACCUAGCCAGCAAUCCUCACCUCAGAGACAUGGCGCCAGUUCUGGCAAUGACAAUCAGAGCUGUCUUUGAAGAGAUUGGAAUCAUGUGCUUGGUACAGAUGGCAUCGCAAGAGGAGUUGGAUCUCCGUGCUCGGCAGAUCGUCACGCGAUUUACCCAGAAGCCACCUCUUCCACUCCCAUCCAAAUUGGGCAACAGGAAGCCGCCAGCACACUUCAACACCGAGGCAUUGGAGGUGGUUGAGAUACAUCCACAACAUCCUGGCCUGGCAGACCACUACAACCUUGAGCACAACGAAGAAAUGGUUUCUGAAGCCUUAUGAUUCCAAUUCAGUGUCUCUUCUAAUUUUUGAUCCCUGUUGGCUGGGGGCUGGAGCAUCCAGCAGAAGUGGCCAAAGUCAGAUUGCUGGUGGUCACCCCCUCCCUUCCGUACCUGUUUUCUUGUGUUUAAUUUUUGACUCUGAAAUUUGCAGACGCUUGCAGAAAA